UUAAGUUAAUCGCAAGGUUGAAUAAGAAUUUGCCGCGUACUUUAGGCUUCCGCGUAUGUAGUUGGCCUCAGUCACUCCAACGAAUGCGAACACGCCUGCUACGAUCUUCCCACGCAUGGCCAUAGCCGUUCCAAGGCCUCCUUGUCCGAGCCCCGACAUCCCCCCCUCACACACAAACCCCAGACCAACUAUAGAUGACCAGAGCAUCCCACAGUUUCUAUCUUGAGCAUCACACAUGGUUCUCCUCUUUCUUCUCCAUGCUGAAACAGCCAACUCGCUGCCAGGAACCAGUGCCACAUCUGGUUUGUCGUCUAUCAGACCAGCCCGUUUGUCUACCCACAACGCGGCGCCCUUGUAUGUAGCCCGCUUUCCGCUUUACUCAACGUUUUCACCCGGUCGCUGGAUCCACAGUCUUGUCAUCCAAACCCGUACUGCGAAUAUGGCGUGGGGGAUGCCGGGUUGGUUCAUCGGGAAGUUAAUUAGACUCCUGGAACGCCCCGGGAGAUCCGGGUGGGCAAGCCGAGGCCCAAAGGCCGGUUGUCGGUAUGUGCUAUCCGGAGUUCUAGCCCGGGAGAAUCGUCGUCUUGCUUAGAUCGUCGGCACGUGGUGAAACACCUUCGGCCUCUGAGGGCGACAGCAUGCACUAGGCAUUAAAUCGACGCUGUCUGCUGUUUGGGCCGUCCCACUUCCAUCCAACUGCUGUGUAUCUCGGGUGGAUCACUCGAUCAGCAUCUUUUUGACUCCCCCGACCUCACACAACCCAAGGUGCCGAAUUGCCUCCCUCUCGGUGGCUAAGAUGAUGGUUCGAUCCGGAAGAAUGGGGUUGUUCGGAUCGACGUGAGAUGCGUCCUUUGCGGCUUGUUCGAUAGCAUCCAUCUCCUCUUUGCAAGCCUGCUGAUCCAUCGGGCAUACCACGAUCGGCUGGCGUAAUGUGAUAUCUCUAGCGGAAGUCAUGUGGGCCUAAAACUGGUGAGCGGAAAAAAAACACACAGCAAACUUGUUUAGAUAAGGGCUCUCACCUUGAUACUUAAAAAGAAUUCA